AUGGGGUCUUCUUCUUCGACUACAUUUCUUCUGUUUCUUUAUUCUUUUCUUCUUUCCCUUGCUGCUUUUACCCUUUCUGAUGUUUACUUUGAGCGUAACUGUAGUGAUGCCAAUGGCAAUUACACCCCAAACAGCGCUUACCAGACCAACCUCAAUGCCAUCAUCUCUCAAUUCCCCACUCUUACAAAUUUCAAUUACGGCUUCUUCAAUCUGUCUGCCGGUGAAAGCCCCAACAAAGUUUACUCAAGCGCACUUUGCAGGGGUGACUUAACUCAAGAUCGUUGCUAUAGUUGCCUCAACUACACCGCGACUGAGCUCGAGCGAUUGUGUCCCUGGAACAAGGCCGCCAUCGCUUGGUCCGAGAUUUGUUUGAAUGCGUCGAACCCUGUUCAGUUCAAUCAAGCAUUAAAUGAUCUAUUGAAUGAGCUGAGCGCCAAAGCUGCAUCUGGUGGUCCUCUUCGCAAGUAUGCAGCUGGCAAUGCAUCGGCUGGCAACUUGUAA